AUGUGUCGAACUUCUAAGACUGAUAUCAUUCUCUCUCCCAAGGAAGUCUCAAAUGGCGAGAUCGCUCAAAAGGAAGCAUGCCCCUUGUGCCCUGCAAGACAUUCUCGCUUCGCAGGCCGAGGAUAUCUCCAAAGGAAAGGUCAAAGCAGCCAAAAGAAUAUGGUUGUUGCAUUCGACAUCAACGGUGUCCUUCUCCACGAUGAUAAAAUCACUCCAGAAUCUCGCCGGGUGAGGGAACUCCUCAACGGUGAUAACGAACUUGGUAUCAAAAUCCCGUAUAUGCUCCUUACAAAUGGGAGUGGCAAGACCGAAGCUCUCCCAUCUCCACCGCACAGUCCAUCCAAUCCCACACGCCCAUGCAAGCUCGUGCCGAAUAGGGUUUCGCGACCCGCGCUGCCGCAGAGGCGUACGGAUUCAAAAACAUCGUCGUCCCAGGACACCCUCGCCUGGGGCCCCAGCAUCUCUCCUCCCUGGAGAAACUUUACCGAGAAGGACCACAAGCAGGCCAGACCACAGGACUUCGACAAUGUCACAUUCCAUUCCAUUCUUGUUUUCGCCGACUCGCGCGACUCGUGCGACUAUGCCACCAAUUUCCAGAUAACGAUGGAGCUACUUCUGAGGCAAUAUCAUCUUCCAAACAGACCACAAGCUCCUGCGGAUGACCCAAGGUCCCUUCCGCAUCGCCCUCGAAACGAUGUACAAGUCACUCACGACGGAUAUCUCGAGCGAGUAGUCUACGCCAAGCCUGAGCUGGCUACCUACAAGUUUGCAGAUGGAGUCACUAUGUUGUGGAUGAAAGAGAUCCACAACGAGCAUAUCCUCACUGAAAACAUCUAUAUGAUUGGUGGCAACCCGGCCUCUGACAUCAUUGGUGGGACCGGCGUUUUCCAGGCCAACUUUGGCGUAUUUGACACCAUGCUGGAUGGGGUGCAAGCUGCCGUGCAGAAAGAGCUGAGCCACCAAUUCAAGCUUCGGUGGGGUGAGAAUGAGGGGGUCAAAUCUGCUCUGAAUGGCGAUAUCAUUGUGUCGGCUUGA